GUAAUUCUUUUACAACCGAAGUAAGGAAUAAAUCCAGAGCUUCCCGCUCGAACAGCAGCAUAAUAGUUACGAUGGACAUCCUCACAUCAAAUCCCGAAUAUCCUGCUUGGCUCAAUCUUUGGGUAACCCCGAUUAUUGCUGACUUAAGCAUCGGAGUGUCUAUCCCGAGGAUCCACCUCGGGGCUUUGCAAGUCAAUCCAGGGUGCAGAUACAGACUGAAGGAGGACUUCCGGUUUGGUGCAGUUACAUUUUGGCGCCGUCUGUGGGAAUCUGAACUAAAGGCUCCCUUGUUGCUCUUAUCAUGGUUAAAACUAGGUCAGCAUGAGGUGGAAACUCGUCUCAGCCUCUUGGACGAGUUUGGUGUCUUUCAGUUAGUACUGGCACAGCUAUUAGCUCGGAAUAAUCUUGGUGAUCCACUCAUUAACCUACUUAGUCCUGCUCCACAACCUCCAGCCCCACCACAAAAUCCUGAACCAGUUCCACAUACCCCUGCUAUUAGUGAAUCUCAGGGCCAAUCUCACUUCGCGCCAGUUCAGCAACCCCUUCAUGGUGAUGUCACUCGACGUCUAGAUAGCUUAGAAAAGCUAGUGGUUGAACAGCGAGGUGCCCCACCCCCGCACCCUGCUGCUGACUCCGUACCCCACCAUCUCAACACCAAUAUUAUGCUGGAACCCUAUCCCAACACCUCUGAUGCGUUGAUGUGCAAAAUCUUUCCCUCUACCCUCCAAGGUAAUGCUCGAACCUGGUACUACAGUCUGCCUUCGAGGUCAAUCAACUCUUAUAAAGAAAUGGAAUCUGCUUUUGCCACAAAGUUUUCCAGUAGAAGGUUGAUCAGGAAAACCACUUCUGAACUGAUGCGAGUUAAGCAGAGGGACGAAGAGUCUUUGAAGAAUUUUAUGAGCAGAUUUAAUGAUGCAGUGCUUGAGGUUAACUCUUUCGACCAAGCUGUGGGAAUCAUAGCUGUGAUCUCAGGUCUUAGCCAUGAAAGAUUCCGAGAUAGUUUGCUUAAACAUCUUGCCAACACCUUCAGCGAGGUAAAUGAUAGAUCGUUGAAAUUCAUAACUGCUGAGGAAUAUGCCCUAUCGCAGAACCUAGCUCCUAUUAAGAGCCAACACCCGGACUGGAGAGAUGAGAAUCCGAACAGGAAACGGAUGAAGACAACACAUAACCGAGGUCCGAUGUCGACUUCCACCCCGAGAUUCGGAAGGCCGAACUCAGCACCUCCGCAACAACCUGCAGGUAAACCUCCAGUUAAUUGGACUCCUUUUAAUUUACCGAGGUCACAAAUCUUUAUGCAGAUUAAGAAUAAGAUGGACUUAAGACGUCCGGGUCCAAUGAGAACUGCUGCUGCUACCAGAGACCAUACCAGGUAUUGUGAUUUUCAUCAAGAUCACGGUCAUACAACAGAACAAUGCAAUAGUUUGAGGUCCGAGCUGGAAAGUCUGGCGCAGAAAGGAAUGUUGAAUGAGCAAGGUGUGGGAUAUCAGCAAGCCCCACCCCCACUCCCCCCACCAGCUAGAGUCAUACACAUGAUUACGGGAGGUCUGGAAGCAGGAGGACUGAGCUCUAAGCAGCGAAAGUUUUGUCACACCUCACACACUUCUGUCACGAUCAACAAUUGUGAGGUGCAGCGUGUCCUGGUUGACACAGGGAGUGCACCAGACAUCAUGUACUUCCAUUGUUUUGAAAGUCUUAGGUUAGAUCCAGCUCUGUUGCAGCGGUAUGAUGGUCCCAUUUAUGGGUUCAACAACCAACCAGUUCCAGUUGAAGGAGUCCUCACCAUGAAUGUUGCAUUUGGCAGUGGCCGAAGUUAUGUGACCCCUUCAGUCAGGUUUCUGGUAGUCAAGAUGGCGUCCUCAUUCAAUGUCGUCAUUGGUCGACCCACACUGACUGAAAUCCGAGCUGUGGUUUCCCAAUCUCACCUAUGCAUGAAGUUCCCCACUCCUACGGGAAUAGCAACGCUGCGAGGCAAUCAGGAGGUGGCCCGACAUUACUAUAUCACCUCGGUAACACAACCCCAGAAGGGCAAGGCUCAGACACCCGAGUUUAAUCCCAAACAGGUUCUUGAUGAUCGGCAAGUUAUGGGUGUUGAGAUAGUCGAUAACCGACCAGAAGAUGAAACCAGAGCUGCUCCAGUCGAAGAUGUGGAAGAGGUACAGAUUGAUGACAGAGAUCCGAGCCGAAAAACGCAAAUUGGGACUAAAUUGAAUCCGGAGGAAAGAGCAGAGCUAAUAUCUUUUCUUCGGGCCAAUAAAGAUGUUUUUGCAUGGACUUCAGCAGAUAUGCCAGGAAUUCCCACUUCAGUUUUUCAACAUAAACUCAGCACCAAUCCCCUUAAGAAACCCGUAGCCCAGAAGCGACACCUCUUCGGGGGGGAGAGGUUAAAGGUUAUUAAAGAAGAGGUCGAGAAACUCCUACAAGCCGGCUUUAUCAGAAGGGUAGAUUACUGUGAGUGGGUCGCCAAUCCGGUGUUGGUGAAAAAAGCGAACGGCAAGUGGCGGAUGUGCAUUGAUUACACUAACCUUAACGACGCAUGUCCAAAGGACUGCUAUCCAAUGCCAAACAUUAAUAAGCUGGUUGAGGCAACUUCGGGAAAUGAGAGAUUAAGUCUCUUGGAUGCAUACUCAGGCUACCACCAGGUCCCAAUGGCUCCUGAGGAUGAAAAAAAAACCUCGUUCUAUGCUGGCGAUGAGAUCUACUGCUAUGUAAUGAUGCCUUUCGGCUUGAAGAACGCAGGAGCCACUUACCAGAAGAUGAGUUUGAAAGCUGACGAUCACUUAACCGACCUUGAGGAGACAUUCAACAAUCUCAGACAGAAUAGAAUGAGGUUAAACCCAGCCAAAUGCAUCUUUGGUGUGGAGUUUGGAAAAUUCUUGGGUUUCAUGGUUUCCCGAAGAGGGAUUGAGGUCAACCCAGAAAAGAUCAGAGCAAUUGCCGAGAUGGAACCGUCGAAGUCAGUAAAGGAUAUACAGAGGUUGACUGGAAGGGUAGCAGCUCCUCAUCGGUUCAUAUCGAAGUCAGCAGAUAAGUGCCUACCGUUUUUCAAGAUUAUGCGGUCAGCUGCCCAGAAGGAUGAAUUGGAUGAAGCCAUUAGUUCGGUUCUAGUAAGAGAAGAAGCCAAGCAGCAGAAACCAAUAUAUUAUAUCAGUAGUGUGCUGCAUGAAGCUGAGCUGAGGUAUCCUAUAGCUGAGAAAGCAGCCUUAGCAGUUAUUCUGCAAAAGCCUGAGUGUUCUAGAAGAUUAAUUAAGUGGGCAGUAGAACUGGGGGAAUUUGAGAUAACAUUUCAGCAGAGAUCUGCAAUCCGAGCUCAGGCACUGGCAGAUUUUAUUGUAGAGUGCACUCCAGGCAAUUCCAUUCCUACUCCAAAGCUCAAUGACUGGACCUUAUAUGUUGAUAGGGCAUCUAGUAGCAAAGGUUCAGGAGCUGGUGCUCUCUUGAUCGACCCAGAUGGAUACCGAAGUGAACAUGCCUUGAAAUUUAACUUCAAUGCAACAAACAACAUGCUGGUGGUGAACCAAAUUAACUCAAUCUGUGAAGUUGUUGAUCUUGUGAUGGUGAAAUAUGUAGCUAUGGUGGCCGAGCUGAAGUGCAAAUUUCAGAAAUUCUGUCUGAGCAAAAUCCCUCGAACUGAGAAUGAACAGGCAAAUUCACUCUCUAAAUUCGCCUCUGAUAGUUCUUCACAGUCCAGAUCAGUUUUCGUGGAGGUCUUAGAUGAACCAAGCUUCAUGAAGCCACCGGUGAUGGAGAUCAGCACCGACCCAGACACACCGAGCUGGACUGAUCCAAUCCUCUCCUUCUUACGAGACGGAAUAGUACCUGAGAACAGGCAGGAGGCAAUGAAGUUGAGGAGGAAAGCAUCUCGGUAUACACUUGUUGAUGGGGUCCUCUAUAAGCGAUCUUUCUCUCUACCUCUUCUACGGUGUUUAAGUCCCUAUGAAGCGGAGUAUGCACUUCGCGAAGUACAUGAAGGUGUCUGUGGAAGUCACAUAGGUGCUAGAACUCUGGCUCACAAAGUCUUAAGGCAGGGAUAUUACUGGCCGAACAUGUACAAAGAUACCACUUACUUUGUUCAGAAAUGCUUGAAAUGCCAGUUCUUUGCGCACCUAACUCACCAGCCUGCAGAAGAGCUCACUACGCUGGUAGCACCAUGGCCAUUUGCUCAGUGGGGAUUGGAUCUUUUGGGCCCAUUCAUGAAAGGGGUUGGUGGUGUAACCCACCUGGUUGUUGGUGUAGAUUAUUUCACAAAAUGGGUUGAAGCUCGGCCAUUAUCCAGUCUUACUUCUAAGAAGUUCACCUUGGUUUACCAUCCGAAGUCCAAUGGCAUGGUCGAAUCUGUUAACAAGUGCAUCUUAGAAGGUAUAAAGCCGAGGUUGGAACAACACAAGGCCAAAUGGGCAGACGAGCUCAACAACGUCCUCUGGGCAUACAGAACCACGAGCCGAACUGCCACAGGAGAAACACCUUAUCAUCUGGCCUUUGGUACCGAAGCAGUCAUUCCUGUCGAGAUAGGAGUUCCAAGCUUCAGGGUCACUCAUUUCGAUGAAAGACGAAAUGGACAACUGUUUCGGGAGAACCUUGAUCUGCUUGAAGACGUUAGAGAAGAAGCACGACUUCGAACUCUAGUCUACAAAAAAGCAGGACUGACAGGGUUUGAAACUCGAUUCGAAAAAUUAGCACCAAACUGGGAAGGCCCCUACACUGUCGCCGAAGUGCCGCACCCAGGUGCUUAUAUCCUACGGGACACUGAAGGCAAAAGGGUUCCCAGAGUCUGGAAUAUCAAUAAUUUGAAGAAAUUUUACCCCUAAUGCAUCUCUUUCCAGUAAACGUUGUCUCAUUUUUAUAUUCGUUGUUAUUCUAUAUGUGUUCGAACUCAAUUCAUUUAUCUCAAUAAUGAGCGUCACUUCACAUUUGAAGUGAUUCAGUUCUUUCUACCCUUCUAUAAGUUCGAAGUAAAUUUCAAUUAUUUUC